AUGAGAGAGAGAGAGAGAGAGAGGAGGAAUUGGAGCAAAGUGGUGUGUAUGUGUAUGUGUGUGUGUGUUUUGUUUGUGUAUUGUUUCAGGGAGAAUGAGGAAGAAGAAAGUUUGAUUCUUGGGAUUUCAGACAACAUUGGCUGGGAGGGAAUUCCGUUUUGCUCAUUAAUCACCAUUGUCUUGAUGAUUGCAUGCGCCAAUAAAAUGAACAGCAAUCCCAACAGAAGAAUUGAGCACCGGAUCAGGGGUGACGUCAGAGCCAUUGGCAGGAAACACUACAUCAAUUUGGUGAGGCUUUACAGCUUCUGCUACGAUCCGUUCAUGACUGUCCUCAUUUAUGAGUUCAUGGAGAAUGGGCCACUUGAGUUCAGAAAGGAUCGGCAGCUUGGGAGAAACUGCACGAGAUUGCAGUUGGUACAGCAAGGAGCAUCGCCUACCUGCACGAGAGUGUCAGCAUAGAAACAUUCAGUGUGACAUUAAACUGAGAAAUGUGGUUCUUGAUGAGAAUUUCUGCCAUAGGGUUGCAGAUUUCAGGCUGUUGAAGCUCUGUAAUCGACACAAAAGUCAUGUGACACUCGCAGGGUUCAAGAACUUCCCAUAACUUAUAAAUGUGACACCUACAGCUUCAGAAUAUUGCUGUUUGAGAUAGUUGGGAGGCAGGGAAAUGCCAGUCUGGUGGCAGAAAUGAGAGUCUCAACAGGUUCCGAUGAAAUUGAGGGAGGAGUCCGAUAUAGUGUCACAGCCCAAUAGUUUUCAGUUGAGAUUUGAGAACUGAUGUGAUAAAGCCACAGGUUGGGUAGGAGAGUGGCUCAGAAAAUACACUACAAGUGAAAGCAGAAAGCCCCGAUUCAUAUGGGCAUAAGACGGCCAUGCCUACCGUAGCUAAGUACGAGAUAAAUGUGGCUACAAUACAUUGUAAAGGCACUACAAAAGAUUAUCAUCCUAAGUGACUUCUAUUUGCUGUACCACGAAAAACGUAAGUGACUUUAAUAAACUACGA